AUUGACAAUACAAUGGCGAGGCUUUCUCCAAUGUUGAGUUCUUAGAGUUGCUUUGCAGGUGAGCCGCAUGAAUUGUCCGUUCUGGUAGGCAAAUGCAAAUCGAGGGUCGCAAAGUACUUCGUACUUGCCCCUCCACUGCGAUCUUGACUUGACAGACCCCGCUGCGCAUAGGACGAAUCAAAGUCUUGGCGACAAACCUUCAAACCUCCAUCCUCCAUCCUCCGAUUCUCAAACCAUAUAUCCUCUCCAGCUGCGCAAAUCCUCUCCAUUCGCCUUUCAAUCGUGUUCCAUACUCCAUACCUCUCGGCCCUACCCAUGGCUACCUCUUCAAGUCCCUCAGAAACGCCGACGCAGUCACAACAAUUCCCCCUCCCCAAAGUCCUGACAUACCCCGCGUCAGCCCCGCCAACCCUCAUCACACAAGGCGCCGAGGGCCGGCUGUACAAGACAACACACCUGACCCCCGACCGGCCGUGCGCGCUCAAGUACCGCCCGCCCAAGGCCUACCGACACCCGAUCCUCGAUGCGCGACUGACCAAGGCACGCCUCUCGUCCGAGGCCAAGGUCCUCGAGCGGUGCUGGCGCGAGGGCGUGCCCGUCCCCGCCGUCUACGCCAUGGACCCGGCCGCGGGUUGGAUGAUGCUCGAGUGGAUUGAGGGCGUGCCCGUGCGGAUGGCGAUUAACGAGUGGCUUGGUGAGAGGCCUGAGGAGGAGGAGGAGGAGGAGGAUCAAGGGCAACAGGACAAAGACAUCCCACCGGGGGCAGGGGAAGCAGCUGCCGGCGAGGAGGAGGCCCCGCUUGUCAACCUGAUGCGGAGGAUUGGGACUGUCGUGGGCGCGCUACAUCGGACGGGCGUGGUACACGGCGACUUGACGACGAGCAACAUGAUGCUUAGGCCGUGGGGGGAAAAGGGCCAGCCUAACGGAUGCGCUGCCUCUGAGGAGGAUCAAGACAAACAGAAGGGCAAGGUGCUGGAAGGCGAUGUGGUGCUCAUCGACUUUGGGCUGGCCACGCAGAGCAUGUCCGACGAGGACCGCGCGGUGGAUCUGUAUGUGCUCGAAAGGGCGUUUGCGAGCACGCAUCCGAGAGCCGAAAGGCUGUUCACCACCGUUCUGGACUCGUACAGGGAGGCCUUCAAGAAGGCGCCCUCCGUCUUGGCCAAGUUGGAGGACGUGAGGAUGCGCGGGCGGAAGAGGAGCAUGCUCGGUUAAUUCGAGCAUGUAUAUAGGUAGAUAUGGUCUGGAAAAGAUACCCAACAUAGAAGCUGCAAGGUCCUCGC